CAUCCAGUGCCCGCUUACCAAAUGGGACGUUGCCCUCCUGCAAUUCAACUUCAUUUCUUCCAUCUCGAAGCGCCGUCCGACGAGUGCGAUUCCGCACAUUCCACUCCUUGAGUUUGUCAAUUGAUAGUAGAUGCUUUCCUCACCCUCCUUACAAUAAGCAGCAUACACCGCAGCGUGUCGUCGCCAAACGACAAAUCACACUCUUUCGUUUCUUCUUUUCUUAAUUUUGAUUGCUUUUGAUUCAGCUUCAAGAUGCGCUUUUCAAGGCUCCUCCUGGGCGCCUCAGCGAUUCUUCCAGUCGUGCUAGCACAAACCUGGACCGAUUGUAAUCCUCUCAAUACGACCUGUCCCAAUAAUCCAGCGUUGGGAACAAACCACACCUUCGUCUUCAACUCGAGCUCUGCGGUUACAGACACCUUCAACAUUACCGCUGGGAAACUCAAUUACACUGAGCAAGGCACCCAAUACUCGAUCACGAAGCAAGGCGAAUCGCCUACCAUUCAGUCGAAUUGGCAUAUCAUGUUUGGAUCCGUCUCGGUGCUGAUGAAGGCCGCCUAUGGACAAGGAAUUAUCUCUUCGAUCGUUCUCCAGUCGUCGGAUUUGGAUGAAAUUGAUUGGGAAUUCAUGGGAGGAAACGCCACGCAUGCCGAGACUAACUACUUCGGCAAGGGAAACACGACUUCUUUCGAUCGCGCAGUCUACUAUCCCGUAUCUUCGGAUGUUCGCGCAAACUUCCACAACUACACUAUUGUUUGGACGGCUGAGACUUUGACCUGGAUGAUUGAUGGGGCUACUGUUCGCGUUCUGAAAUAUGCCGAGGCAAAUGGGGGCAAUAACUACCCACAGACGCCGAUGAAUUUGAGAAUUGGAAUCUGGGCUGGUGGAGAUGUUACCAAAUUCCCACAGGGAACCGUCGAUUGGGCUGGUGGUGCAACCGAUUUCUCGAAGGCCCCUUGGUCCAUGUUCGUCAAGGAAGCGGAAGUCAAGGACUAUGGCAGCGGAAAGGAAUACCAAUGGACUGAUAAGAGCGGUGAUUGGAAGAGUAUCAAAGCCAUUGCGUAAGUUUUCGGUUAAUUUCUUCUCCUGAAACAUGUCUAACCUUUAAUCCAGCGGGAACUCAACAGCAGUGGAGGCAAUUACAAGAUCUCAAACCCCACAUCUCACAAUUUCGGAAAAAUGGGCUGCUUUACCCCAGACUGCGAAGGUUGGGGUCUACGUUGGUGCAGUAGGAUUCGUCGGAGUCGCAUUUGCAGCUUUCCUCUUCAUUUUCAUGCGCCAACGUAAGAAGGGUCGUCUGGAACGGGAAGCAUACAACGCAAGCAUUGAAAAGGAGCGCGAGGAGAAGUACAAGGACCAAAUGGAAUUACAGCAAAAGGGACAAGGAGGUUACAACGAGCGCGACUUAGCCAAUCAAGGAGAAGAUGCUCUCGGGGGUUGGGGAACUGCCCAUGCCACGUCUAACCCGGAUGAACCUGAAAGUCCUACCUCGUCAAGAAAUGCGCAAAAGCAGACACUAUUGGGUGAUGUCCCAUUGCGAGCAAACGAAUGGCAUGGAGGUAACCAAGGCGGGAUGAUUCACGAUGCUGGUAACGCACGUACCGGUCUCUAUACUGGACCCGGUCCACAAAGCCCUGAAUACAAACCCGAUUCAUCGCAUUCAAAUUCACGUGGGCUAAUUGGUAAUGCUCAAAAUGCUCAUUCUGGUGGAUAUGCUAGUCCGUCUUUCAACAAUAACUACCCUCUAGCCGGACAAGUACCACAGCAAGGACAGACAAGAGGUGGCUACCAGCAGUUUUAAUGGGCUUGAAGCUCGAACUUGUUUUCAAUUUGUUUAUAUACUUCGCUUUUCUAUAUCCGGGAGUUAUGGUGUUGAUGUAUACGAGAAUGGGUUGUAUUUAUGGCCAGGACAUAGGAAUUGUCUGGUGGGUCUUUGAGCGCUCGUUUUCUUUCCCAUUUUUCUAGUGUGACGUUAUCGCCACCUUGUAUUUUGGUGGUUUGAAGCUUAGCGAUAUCCUAGCUGGAUUUGUACAUUGAGUUAAGGCUCGAGAAUAGUUCGAUCUCAACUUUUCAAGAUUCAUGGAAGCUUUUUUACUAUCCAAGCACCCGUUAUGAUUGCC